AUGAAAAUUGUAGCCUCAGACAAGCCGAUCGUUAAUGAAACAAUUACCGACCUUGAUAAGAGCAAUCCUACGGGAGUCGCUGAUGAGGGUAACCCAAGCCUUAAUGGCGACGCAGACUUAUCCGGCGACUCAGACUUAUCCCGAGAGGCCAGAAUGGCGAUUAGUAUACGAAACAUCCUAGAAGACGUAGGGGAAGAUCCUUCUCGGGAGGGUUUACUCAAAACCCCCCAACGAUAUGCUAAAGCGAUGCUCUUUUUCACCAAGGGGUACGGAGAAAACAUAUAUGAUGUUGCGAAAAAAGCCAUCUUCGAAGCGGAUCAUAACGAAAUCGUUUUGGUCCGGGACAUCGAAAUCUUCAGUAUAUGUGAGCAUCAUUUGCUCCCAUUCUGGGGCAAGGUCCAUAUUGCGUACAUCCCUAAUGGUAGGAUACUAGGCUUGUCCAAGCUGGCUCGAAUUGCAGAGAUCUACGCACGAAGACUACAAGUUCAAGAGCGUCUCACACAGCAGAUAUCUCAAGCCAUCGAAGAAAUUUUACAUCCGCAGGGAGUGAUAGUUGUGAUGGAGUUGGUCCAUAUGUGCGUGAUGACCAGGGGGGUUCAAAAAACUAACAGUGUUACAAUCACGAGCUGUAAGACUGGUGUUUUUAAAACCGAUAAGGCAGCUGAAGAGCAGUUUGAAUUCCUCUUAAAGAUGAAGCAUACUUGA